AUGAGAUCUGUCCUUAGUAAUAAAAGUAUUUAUAGUUUUUUUGAUUUAAAAGAAGGUUUUUAUCAUUGUGAAUUAGAUUCUGAAUCUGUUAAGUUGUGUACUUUUAGUAGUCCUUUUGGAUCAUAUAGUUUUAAGCGUUUACCAUUUGGUUUGUCAAUGGCACCAGAGAUUUUUCAAAAACUAAUGAUGAAAUAUUUUGGUGAUAUUCCAGGAGUAUUAAUAUAUUUUGAUGAUUUAUUAGUGUGUGCUAGUUCUAGAGAGGAACAUGAUAAAAUUAUUUGUAGAGUAUUGGAAAGAGCUCGAAAAUAUAAUAUUAAGUUUAAUUCAAAGAAAUUACAAUAUGCAACUAAUGAAGUUAAAUUUUUAGGAUUUAUUUUUAAUGAAAAGGGAGUAAAACCUGAUAAUGAUAAAAUUCAGUCUAUACAAGAGUUAACAACACCUAUAAAUAAAAAACAACUCCAAUCAUUCUUAGGAAUGAUAAAUUAUUUAAGAGCAUUUUUACCUAAUUUAUCGGAACGAUUAAAACCUUUUAGAGAGCUUCUAAAAAAGAAUGUUUUGUGGAAUUGGAGUGUUGAAUGUGAAAGGGCAUUUUGUGAUUUGAAGGAGAGUCUAUGUAAUGUGACAAUAUUGGCUAAUUUUAAUAACGAUCAAGACCUAGAAAUACAAUGUGAUGCGUCUGAGGGGGCUUUGGGCUGUUGUAUUUUCCAAAACAAGCGGCCUAUAUAUUAUGCAUCGAGAUGUCUGAGUGAAAUUGAGAAAACAUAUGCUCAAAUAGAAAAAGAAAUGCUUGCUAUUUCUUUUGCAUGUACUAAGUUUCAUUCAUUGAUUUAUGGAAGAAAAGUGACUGUGUUUACUGAUCACCAACCUCUUGUUUCAAUUAUGUUAAAAGAACUGAACAAAAUUCCCAAUAAUCGAAUAAGGAGAUUACGAAUGAAAUGUAUGUUGUAUGAUAUUAAGGUGAAAUAUCUCCCAGGUAGAGAAAUGUAUGUAGCUGAUUUGUUAAGCAGGAAUUAUAUUAAAAGAGAUGUAACCGGUGAAACGAUAGUAAAUGAUGUAGUUCAUGCAAUUAGUGAAAUACAAAUUAAUUUUUCAAAUGAUAAGGAGGAUGAGUUUAAGAGAAAUACUGGAAAUGAUGAGGUGUUAAAACAAAUUAUGGAAUUUUGUAAAAAAGGUUGGCUUAAGGUUAAGUGUGAGGGUGAACUCAAACAUUAUUGGAAAUUGAGAAAUGAAAUAUACUUGGAGAAUGGAUUAAUUUAUUAUGGUAGUCGACUAGUUAUUCCUAAGGUUAUGAGACAAUAUAUAAUUAAAAAGCUUCAUGAACCACAUUUUGGUAUAAGUAAAACAAAAGCUAGAGCAAAACAAUUAUUUUACUAUCCAGGUAUAAACAAUGAGAUAGAAAAUUGGAUUAGUGCUUGUCCAGUAUGUUUAAAAUUUAGCUCUAGUAAAACUAAAGAACCUUUAAAAUCACAUUUUAUACCUAAUAUUCCAUUUUAUAAAAUUGCACUAGACAUUGCUGAGUAUAAUAAAAUAAAUUACCUAAUUAUUGAGGAUUACUAUUCUAGAUGGCUAGAGGUUAUUAAAUUAGGUUCUAAAACAAGUGAAUCAGUAGUAAUUAAGUUAAAAGAAGUAUUUAGUAAAUUUGGCAUACCAAAUGAAGUCGUAGCUGAUAAUAUGCCUUUUGGUAGUGUUAACUUUCAUCAGUUUGCUAAAGAGUGGAAUUUUAAAAUUACCAACACAAGUCCACAGCAUGCACAGAGCAAUGGGCUUGCAGAAAAAGGAGUUGGGAUAGCUAAAAAUAUGUUAAAAAAGUGCUUGUAUACAGGUUUGGAUUUUGAAUUGUGUUUACUUAUGUAUAGAAAUACACCCGUUGCUGGUCUAUCUUAUAGCCCCGCCCAACUUUUACAAAGUAGAGAACUUAGGAGUACAUUAAUAGUGAAAGAUAAUAACUUAAAACCAAAUGUUGUAGAAUGUUAUGAUGAAAUNAUAAAUAAAAAAUAA